CCCGCUUGGUGGGUGGAGCCGGGAAAAGGAAUGUACCUAAAGUAACGCUUCAACAGGUAACAGGCACGGGUCGCCAUUAAUAUUUUAUCCACAUCAAACGGACCAGGGCGGAGGGUGAUGGGCCUGUCAAAACGAGUGUCAUUGUGGUCAGUGGAAGAAGUGCUGGAGUGGGUGCAGGCUCAGCACCCAGCCCACAUGGGCACGCUCCAAAAAGCCAUAAUUAAACACGCUAUAUCAGGCCGUGCAUUGCUGAGAUUAAAAGAUCAUCACCUGGAGCUUCUCGGGUUGGAGGCUGAGGAACAGCAGCAGGAAAUCUUGCAGGGCCUCCUGCUUCUCAGAGUUCAAGAAGAAAUCAAUGAACUCAAUGACAUCUGCUCUGAGUGUUUUUCUACAUAACUGGAAGUACACAGAAGAAAUUCAGCUCACUUUUUUAUUUUCUAUCCAUUCAUUCAUCCAUGUGAAGGAGGGAGAAAAGUGGGAGUGCUGGAAAUAACAAGGAAAGGUGAAAGACAAAUCAAUGAGGAAUGAAGAGAGAAAGAAACCCAUUUCCUGUGUGAAAUGUGACCUGUGCAGAAGGAUGAGAUUAGUUUUUGUCUGAGUAUCUUUUUCUGAUGCCUUCUGUCCAUUAGUCUCUGUCUUUUGUCUUUCUCUGUUGUGGGUUUGCAUCCCAUCAGUGUAUUAUGCAGCGUAGCUUUAGGGAAGGCAAUGCCGGUUUGUCUGUUGAUCCAUCUCUCUAAGUCAGUAUCUAAACAGAUACUGGAGUUGUAAUGAGACUCUGUACUGACAUAUAUAGUGGCCAGAGGAUGGAUCCUACUGACUUUGGUGAUCCACUGACUUUUCCUCUAGCACCACCAUAAAGUUCACCUUUAUGGUUUUGAGUGAAACUUCUAGAUGCAUUGCCAUGAAAAUUGUUACUGCUAACAUUUACUCUAGUGCUAUCAUCAAGUCAAAAAUGUCACCUGUCCAAUUCUUUGCUUUAUGACCAAAUGCCUGCAGAACUAAUGACUUAGCACUUUGGUGCUAUUUAAUGCUAAUUAGCAAAUGUUAGCAUUCCAACAUGCUAAAAUAAGAUAGGAACAUGGUAAACAUUAUACCUGCUAAAUAUCAACUUAACAUUGUCAAUGUGCACAUAUUGCCAUAUUAGCAUUAGCAUUUAGCUUAAAGCACCACUGAACAGCCUAGCAAAGCUGUAGACUCUUUUUUUGUAAAGUGAAUAUUGAACAGGGUUACAGAAAAAUCCUCAACUUUUCUGGACUGGAUGCUUGUUUUGUUUUUUGAUACAUGUUGUCUAAUGUGAUAAAGGUGAAUCCUGUUUUAACUAGCUGGAGGAAUUAGAAUUUAUGAAUGUCCUUCGUGCAUGUGGUCCUAAAACAUUUUUUAUAUAAUGUCAUAUUUCCUUUAUAUGUGUAUUAUAUGUAUCAGUACCACUGCACAUUUUUAUUAUGUAAAAAAAGGUCAUGUCUAUUUCUAUACAUGUUUUCAUGGCACCACUACAGUGUGGUUGGUUGAAUUAAAAGUGCUGCUUUAGCAACACAA